CAACACAGCAAAAUGACGUGCACGCAUGCGAGAGCCUUGUUUACAAACUUUAGUUUAAAAAUUUGUUCGUCGCUGGUUUCGUAACAUAGCUUUGAAAUAUCUUUAUCCUGAAAAAUUAUCAUAGUUUAUUGACAAUUUACCGACAGAAAUGUUUCCAUCAAUGCUGAGAAACCUGUGCCAUCGGAUACCGGCCCACCGGACGGUACUGUUCUUGGAAAACGCAAACUUUUCAUCGCAACGUGUGGCAAUUGCCCUUCGGAGCAAGAAGGCCAAAUCGGACAAACCAACCACUCAAUACUUCGUGGACUGUAAGCACGUGCGUGCAGUCGGUGGCAAAGGCGGGGACGGUUGUAUCUCGUUUCUCCGGCUGUGGUGCAACGAGAAUGCCGGUCCUGAUGGCGGCGACGGUGGAAAUGGUGGUCACGUCGUGCUUCAAGCCACAUCGGAUGUACGCGAUCUGAACCACGUUACAACGCUGCUUUCGGCGGAUGAGGGCGACAAGGGACGGAACAAGGACUGCCACGGGAAGAACGCCAGUCAUACGGUUGUAAAAGUGCCGCUAGGAACGAUUGUUAAAACAAGCAACGGAAAGGUGGUCGGCGAUCUGGAUUCGGAAGGGACGAUGUUCAUUGCUGCCCGUGGUGGAGCAGGAGGAAAAGGCAAUCAUUUCUUCAUUAGCGAUCUGGAACAGGCCCCUCAAGUGGCCGAGUUCGGAGGGCAAGGCGAAGACAAGUCGUACAUUUUGGAGUUGAGGAGUAUGGCUCACGUGGGAUUCAUCGGUUUGCCAAAUGCGGGGAAAAGCACCCUUCUCAGAGCAAUAUCCCGAGCACGACCCAAGGUCGCUUCAUACCCAUUUACCACACUUAAACCUCACCUCGGGAUGGUUCAGUACGAUGACUACGAACAGAUUGCAGUUGCCGAUUUGCCCGGACUAAUCCCCGACUCCCACAAAAACAAAGGCCUUGGAAUCCAAUUCCUGAAACACGCAGAGCGUUGUAAUGUCCUGCUAUUUGUUGUAGAUGUAUCUUCCGAGGAACCGUGGAAUCACUACCAAACACUGAUGCACGAAUUAACCAUGUUUAGCGAAGAGCUAGCCGAUCGACCGAAGAUGAUUAUCGCCAAUAAGAUCGACCUGCCAGAAGCGGAAAAGAAUUUGGAGUUGCUUCAGCACCACGUGGACGUUCCUGUGAUACCCAUUAGCGCUAAGUUAGGCACUAAUGUUUCGGAGCUGUUGAAGGAAAUCCGAGUGGUUUAUGAUGCUAUGAAGAAGGAGGAUAAAACGACGAAACCUAAAGCGUAGACAAGAGAUGUAGAACCGUUAAGUUGAAUAUAUACGUUAAUUGUCGCAAUGUUA